AACAGCGGCGGCUGGAGACGGAGCGAGGGGCGGCAGCGCAAAGCUAGGAGCGGCAGGCUGGAAAUACUGAGGGCAAUCUCAUCCUGGACGAUCUGUGGCUGUGGUGCAGUUUUGAACUUGGAUCUCAGCAGCCAGGGACAGUGUUGUGUUUGAUGGACAACUCAGGAAUGUGUGUGUAACAGGCUGGAUGAGCUGCCCGUGCCUGGCCCUGCCUGACCCCAGGCAACUCCCUGGAGAUCAUGUGGUGGCUGCUGCUUCCCGCCACCACCAUGGCUGCUGUCCUGCUCUCCGCGCGGCCUCCUGUCUUGGGCAUCCUGCCCACACGUGCUAUCUUCACCACCUCUGACAUGGCCCUCACGCACCUGGCUGUCCACCAUGACACAGGCGAGGUCUACCUUGGGGCCAUCAACCACAUCUACAAACUUUCGGCCAACCUGACCCAGCUGCGGGUUCACACCACGGGCCCGGUGCCCGAUGACCCCCGCUGCUACCCGCCUCCUGGAGUGCGGCUCUGUGCCCACCACCUGGCUCCUGCCAACAACAUCAACAAGCUGCUGCUGAUCGACUAUGUGGGCGGUCGCCUCGUGGCCUGCGGCAGCGUUUGGCAAGGGGUGUGCCAGCUCCUGCGCCUGGACGACUUGGCAAAGCUGGGCGAGCCACACCAGCGCAAGGAGCACUACCUCUCUGGAGGGCGAGAGCCGGAUGCCAUGGUUGGUGUGAUCGUGGAGCAGCAGAGGGAGCCCACCCAGUUCUUUGUGGGGACAUCCAUCGGGGGCCGCUCAGAGUACUUCCCUACCCUGUCCAGCCGCCGCUUGACCCCUGACGCUAACAGUCCUGAGAUGUUCAGCCUCGUUUACCAGGAUGAGUUUGUCUCCUCCCAAAUCAAGGUCCCUUCGGACACGCUGUCGCUGUAUCCAGCCUUCGAUAUCUACUACGUGUCAGCUUUCGUGUCUGGUGGUUUUGUCUAUUUCCUCACCUUGCAACUUGAUACCGCCCAGACACCCCUAGAGCCAGCAGGAGGACCAGUGGGCCCCGGUGCGCCUGGCGGUGAGCGCUUUUUUUCAUCCAAGAUCGUGCGUCUGUGCGCCAAUGACACAGACUUCUACUCUUACGUGGAGUUCCCCCUGGGCUGCUCCAAGGAUGGUGUGGAGUACCGCCUUGUGCAGGCCGCCCAGCUGGCCAAAGCAGGCCGGCAGCUGGCCCGGUCGCUGGGCAUUGCUGAGGGACAGGACGUGCUCUACGCUGCCUUCUCCCAAGGCCAGAAAAACCGGGCCGCACCACCCCGGGAGAGCCUGCUCUGCCUUUUCACGCUGGAAGAGGUUAACCAACGCAUCCGCGAGCGCAUCCAGUCAUGCUACCGUGGCGAAGGCCGCCUGUCACUUCCAUGGCUUCUCAACAAAGAACUGCCCUGCAUCAACACGCCCAUGCAAAUCAAUGGAAAUUUCUGUGGGCUGGUGCUGAACCAGCCCCUAGGGGGACUGCAGGUCAUCGAGGGGCGCCCCCUGCUGGAGGAGAAGAUUGAGGGCAUGGCCAGCGUUGCCGCCUAUACCUAUCACGGCCAUUCAGUUGUCUUUAUUGGAACCCGUGCUGGUAACCUCAAGAAGGUCCGUGUGGACAACCCAAACGAGGCCCAUCUCUAUGAAUCUGUGCCUGUGAUGCCCGGAGAGCCCUUGCUGCGUGACAUGAUCCUGAGUCCUGACCAGCGCUACCUUUACAUGCUCAGCCAGAGACAGGUGGUGCGGCUUCCAGUGGAGAACUGCGAACAGUACUCAUCUUGUGCCGAGUGCCUGGGCUCAAGAGAUCCACACUGUGGCUGGUGUGUCCUGCACAACAGGUGCUGUAGAGAAAGUGAGUGCCCCCGUGCUGCAGAGCCUCAUCGCUUCACCACGGUGCUGAUGCAGUGUGUGUGGCUGCUUGUCGAGCCCAAUAAUGUCUCGGUGACAGAGCCCAGCAUUGUGCUUCAGCUCACUGUUCACAACGUCCCAGACCUGAGUGCUGGUGUCACGUGUUCCUUUGAGAGCCUUGGAGAGAGUGAGGGGCAACUCCAGAAGGAUGGUGGGAUCCGCUGCCUUUCUCCUACCUUGAGGGAUGAGCCCCCUGGAGAGUAUGGUGAUGUUCGUACUGUCAGGCUCCGCCUUCUCUCCAUGGAGACUGGUGUGGAAUUUGCCAGCACCAAUUUUGUCUUCUAUGAUUGCAGCCUUCUGCACACGUGCCUGUCUUGUGUCAGCAGUCACUACCCCUGCCACUGGUGUAAAUACAGACACACUUGCACUCACAAUGUCGCCAAGUGCUUCUUCCUGGAAGGACGGGUCAACACCACUGAGGGGUGCCCAGAGCUGCUUCCUGGUGGGGAGAUCUUAAUCCCAGUGGGAGUGUUACAGCCCAUCACCCUGCGCGCCAAGAACCUGCCGCAGCCUCAGUCUGGCCAGAAGAACUACGAGUGUGUCCUGGGCAUCCAAGGCCGGCAACAGCGGGUCCCAGCCGUGCGCUUCAACUCCAGCAGUGUCCAGUGCCAGAACACCUCGUAUUGGUACGAUGGUGAAGAACUUGGGGAGCUGCCCCUGGACUUUGAUGUUAUCUGGGAUGGAGACUUUGCCAUUGACAAGCCACCAGGGUUCAAAGCUCUGCUGUACAAGUGUUCGGCCCAACGCUCCAGCUGUGGGCUCUGCCUCAAGUCAGACCCGCGUUACGAGUGUGGUUGGUGUGUCCCUGAACGCCGUUGCCUCCUGCGCCCACACUGCCCCGCUUCCCGGCAGAACUGGGUCCCGUCUGGCCGUCGUGGGGUCCGCUGUGCCCAUCCCCGCAUCACCCAGGUAUUGCCACUGACUGGCCCCAAAGAAGGUGGGACGCUGGUGACAGUUUGGGGUGAGAACUUGGGUCUUUAUUUCAAUGAAGUGGGGGUACGUGUAGCUGGAGUGCGCUGCAGUUCUCUUCCUGCGGAAUACAUCAGCGCUGAAAGGCUGGUUUGUGAACUGGAACCCUCGCUCUUGCCUGACCCCCCUCCUGGGCCUGUAGAACUCUGUGUGGGUGACUGCAGUGCUGACUACCGGACCCAGUCAGAUACUCCCUUCACCUUUGUGACACCAAGCUUUUAUGGAGUGGACCCAGAACAAGGUCCCACCUCAGGUGGGACAAAAAUCAGUCUCUUGGGGACCCAUCUGGAUGCUGGGAGCAAUGUCAGUGUUGCAAUCCGUGGCGCACCAUGUCGGUUGAUCAGGCGUAGCGCAGGGGAGAUUGUCUGCCUGUCUCCCCACUCAGCACUAGGCCCAGGCCUUGCCAAUCUUAGCCUGCGCAUCGAUCGUGCAAACAUCAGUGCAAACGGCACCGUCUCCUUCCGGUACAGUCCUGACCCAGUAGUCACAGCAAUAGAGCCCACCUGGAGCAUUGCCAAUGGUAGUACCAGUCUCACAGUGAGCGGGACCCAUCUGCUGACAAUCCAAGAACCACGGGUUCGAGCCGCUUACGGUGGAAUAGAAACCAUUAAUAGUUGCCAGGUGGUAAAUGACUCGGUAAUGUUGUGCAAAGCCCCAGGCAUUGUGCCUGGGGAGCAGGCGCUGCCCCUUGGGGGAGCUCACCCUGAUGAGUUUGGCUUCCUCUUGGACGAUGUGGCUGCCACCCGUACUCUGAACCGCUCAGCCUUUACCUAUUACCCCAACCCCAGCUUUGAGCCAUUUGGCACCAGCGGCAUCCUGGAAAUUAAACCUGGAUCUCAUGUAGUUCUCAAGGGCAGGAACCUGAUCCCAGCUGUGUCAGGCAGCACAAGGCUCAACUAUACAGUGCUGAUUGGUGGGGAGCCCUGCACCUUGACCGUCUCUGAAACCCAGUUGCUGUGUGACUCGCCCAGCCAGACCGGGGAGCAGCCUGUCACGAUCCUGGUAGGGGGGCUGUCAUUUUCCCCGGGGAUCCUGCACAUCUACCCUGAAGCUGCCCUGCCUCUGCCAGCUCUCGUUGGGUUAGGUGCAGGAGGAAGCCUGCUUCUGGGAGCCAUCAUUGGGGUGCUGGUGGCCUAUAAGCGGAAGACACGGGAUGCUGACCGUACACUGAAACGUCUGCAGCUUCAGAUGGACAACCUGGAGUCACGUGUGGCCCUGGAGUGCAAAGAAGCUUUUGCUGAGCUGCAGACAGACAUUAAUGAGCUAACAAAUAACAUGGAUGGAGUGAAGAUUCCUUUCUUGGACUAUCGGACAUAUGCAAGACGUGUGCUCUUCCCAGGGGUGGAUGAUCACCCGGCACUGCAGGAAACCAGUACCCCGCCGAGCACAGAGAAGGGGCUCCGUCUGUUUGGGCAGCUGCUGCACACACGGCCAUUCCUGCUGACUUUCAUCCACACACUGGAGGGCCAGCGUGGCUUCUCCAUGCGGGACCGUGGGGCUGUUGCUUCUCUGACCAUGGUGGCCCUGCAGGGCAGGCUUGACUACGCAACUGGAGUGUUAAAGCAGCUGCUAGCUGACCUCAUUGAGAAGAACCUACAGAAUCGUGCCCAUCCCAAGCUCUUGCUCCGCCGGACGGAGUCGGUGGCUGAAAAGAUGUUGACCAAUUGGUUUACGUUCCUGCUACACCGGUUCCUCAAGGAGUGUGCUGGAGAGCCACUCUUCAUGCUGUUCUGUGCCAUUAAGCAGCAGAUGGAGAAAGGUCCAAUAGAUGCCAUCACAGGCGAGGCUCGCUACUCGCUGAGUGAAGACAAGCUCAUCCGCCAGCAGAUUGAUUACAAGACCUUGACAUUAUUAUGUACCCCUCUUGAGCCCCCUGGGGGCCCUUCCGUGCCUGUCAAGGUAUUAAAUUGUGACUCAGUGAUGCAAGUGAAGGAGAAGCUGCUGGAUGCUGUGUACCGAGGGGUGCCCUAUUCGCAGCGUCCGCGUGCGGAGGACAUGGAGCUGGAGUGGUGUCAGGGUAGUGGGGGCCGGAUCAUCCUGCAGGACGAGGAUGCCACAAGCAAGAUUGAGGGAGACUGGAAACAUCUCAACACGUUAGCCCAUUAUCAGGUAUCAGAUGGCUCUGCAGUGGCACUGGUUCCUAGGCAGGCAUCGGGCUAUAAUAUUGCCAGCUCCUUCACUUUCACCCAUUCACUGAGCCGUUACGAGAGUUUGCUGCGGACCUCCAGCAGCCCUGAGAGCUUGCGUUCACGAGCCCCCAUCCUCACCCCAGAUCAGGAUUCAGGCACCCGUCUCUGGCAUCUGGUCAAGAACCACGAGCACCUUGGAGAUCCCAAGGAAGGGGAGCGGGGAAGCAAGAUGGUGUCUGAGAUCUACCUCACCCGGCUCCUUGCCACCAAGGGCACAUUGCAGAAGUUUGUGGAUGACCUAUUUGAGACCGUGUUCAGCACUGCACACCGGGCCAGUGCCCUCCCCCUGCCCAUCAAGUACAUGUUUGACUUUCUGGACGAGCAGGCAGAGCGGAGGCAGAUAGGUGACCCUGAUGUUCGACAUACCUGGAAAAGCAAUUGCCUGCCCCUGCGGUUUUGGGUGAAUGUCAUCAAGAACCCACAAUUUGUCUUCGAUAUCCACAAGAGCAGCAUCACGGAUGCCUGCCUCUCUGUGGUGGCCCAGACCUUCAUGGACUCAUGCUCCACCUCUGAGCACCGCCUGGGCAAAGAUUCCCCUUCGACUAAGCUGCUGUAUGCCAAGGACAUUCCUGUGUAUAAAGGCUGGGUGGAGAGGUACUAUCGAGACAUCACCAAGAUGGCUUCCAUCAGUGACCAGGACAUGGAUGCCUAUCUAGUGGAGCAAUCACGGCAGCAUGCUGGUGAAUUUAACACAUUAGGUGCACUGGGGGAGCUCUACAGCUAUGUGGGAAAGUACCGUGAUGAGAUCCUGACUGCGCUGGAACGUGAUGCCGCCUGCCGGAAACACAAAUUGAGACCGAAGCUUGAACAAGUCAUCACUCUCGUUUCUGGAAAUAGCUGAGAGUGCUGGGGGGGCAGGGGGGGCAAAGGGGAGAGGGGCACGCAGCCAGCAUAGGCGGAUGGAUGCAUCAGAAAGGACCUACCUCCAACCUUGACUUGUGGCCCUGCCAAGGGCAACAGACUUGACAUUUUUAAAUUCCCUGUGGGCAAGAGACGUGUGACCUUUUGCCCUGUAAGGCUGAAAUCCUGGGGAUGCAGAAAGAGGUUGUGGUGCCCCCUCCCCUGACCUUCAGCCCAGAAGCAAUAACAAGCACCCUUCUCUGUGUGUCUAUCUUGGGAGGGGCAACUCAGAAUGAGCCAUGAGGUCGGGGUGCAGCCAGAUGAUGUCCCCUCCCCCUCACACUGGCAGCUAAGUGGAGAUCCCUCACCCCAAAUGUUUGUGGACCCUCCUUUUAAUCAUACAGACUAUUUCCUAGUCCCCCACUCCUUGUUGGUAGCUGGUGGAAUUUGCCCUUGUUCUGUUUUUGGUAAUCAUGACAAUUGGGUAUUUUUAAUCCUUACCUGACAACACCCCCCACCCCGCUUGCCCCCACCCCACCUGUUGUGCCCUCACUGGGUGCAGUGCCUUACUCAUUAAUUUAUUAUUGCAUCUUGUUAAGAUUAUUGGCUGUAAAUGAUUCCAUUCCCUGGGUGUAGAGAUUUCACUGUAAAAAGUCCUCCAUGUCCCCCUCAUUCUUGGAGUCUGUGUAAAUAUUUGCACUGCAGCCUGGAGGGCUUCAAUAACCCACUCCUCCCCAAAAUAAAAUAAUUAAAAUUCCCUACCAGGGGUUAAGGAAUUGGGAUGGGAGUGUCCCUGCAGCUGCACGGGCUUUUUAUUGGUUCAUUUUAUAAUUAAUUUUUCUUUUGCUAAAUAAAAGCCUGGAAAAAC